UCUUGAGGGGGUCUGUAAUAGGGUUUAAUGGUGAGCUUCGUCUCUCCUUUUUUUGUUUCUCUUCCUCUUUUACAGCCGCCGGAAAAAGCUCUCUGCUUUAUAAUUUGUUUUAAGCGAAGAACCUCUCGACAUAUUAGAACCGGCACUGAAUUAUAGACUGACUCGAUUUUCUUUUAUAAUUAUGGAAGCAACGGUGAUUAGUUGCUCGGAAUUGAGAAUCGAAGCUGAGACUGAGGAGUGUUCGGAUCUUGGGAACUUUUCAUCGGCUUCAGGUUCUACUAGUGUUGGCCUGUCUAAGAGAAGGAUCGUAUUCCAUCCAGCGAGGAAGCCCCUUAAUGGGUUUAAUGAUUGUGCGGAUGAGGAUUUUAAAAUCGAGACUCUAAACCCUGGGCCGGAUCCGAUGCGGGUAAAUGGGGUGCGGUCGGCUCAAGUGGGUGCUACAGGAUGGAAGGUUGACGCAUCUGAUAUUUGGGAGAACGGGUUGGAUCCAGUUCUCAGUUUGAGGACUACUUUUCGCAAAAUUGGUGCUGGUUUGGAGAAUCUUGGGAACACUUGUUUUCUUAAUUCAGUAUUGCAAUGCCUGACGUACACAGAGCCUUUAGUAGCUUACCUACAAAGUGGCAAGCAUCAAAAUUCUUGCCACAUUGCUGGAUUUUGUGCCUUAUGUGCUAUUCAGAAACAUGUUAGCCGUGCUCUAAAAUCAACUGGGAGGAUAUUGGCGCCAAAUGAUCUUGUCUCAAACCUGCGAUGCAUAUCUAGAAACUUCCGAAAUUCUAGACAGGAAGAUGCACAUGAGUACAUGGUAAACCUGCUGGAAUCCAUGCACAAGUGCUGCUUACCUUCAGGAGUACCAAGUGAAUCUCCUAGGGCUUAUGAGAAGAGUUUGGUGCACAAGAUCUUUGGUGGUCGCCUUCGCAGUCAGGUGAAAUGCUUGCAAUGUUCUUACUGCUCCAACACGUUUGAUCCCUUCCUUGAUUUAAGUCUUGAAAUAGUUAAGGCAGAUUCCUUGCUUAAAGCACUUAAAAACUUCACUACUGCGGAGCUCUUAGAUGGAGGGGAGAGGCAAUAUCAAUGCCUGCGCUGCAAGCAGAAAGUUAGGGCUAUCAAACAGCUCACAGUUUACAAUGCACCGCAUGUACUUACAAUCCAUCUAAAGAGAUUUCAAGCACAUAAUUUGGGGCAAAAGAUUGACAGGAAAGUUGAAUUUGGUCCGACCAUAGACAUGAAGCCUUUUGUCAGUGGUUCCAAUGAAGGAUAUUUGAAGUACACUCUUUAUGGCGUUCUGGUUCAUCGCGGAUGGAGCACACAUUCUGGCCACUAUUACUGUUUUGUCCGCACAUCAAGUGGCAUGUGGUACACCCUUGAUGACAACAGGGUUUUCCAGGUCAGUGAGAAGACUGUUUUGGAGCAGAAGGCUUACAUGUUGUUUUACGUCCGUGACAGAAGAAAUACUGCUACAAAAAAUUCUGUUGAUAUUCUUCAGAGAGAUAAUGUAAAAGCAAGUGUGGAUGGGAAGUCUAUUUUUAAUCAGAAUCCUGGGGAACAUGUGCAAACUGUUCCAAUUCAGAACAAGUUAUCUGCUGCUGUGCCUCAGAAGGAUAUCAUUAAUGGUGGCUUAUCAAAGGGGACAAUCAUGAAGGAAGUGCCAUCCCAGCAAAACAAUGUGCAACUAAUGGAAGAAGGGUUAGUGCUGAAAAAGGAGGCCAUUUUGCCCUCUUUUGAUGUGCCAUUAUUGAAGGACCCAUCAAAAGCAUCUGCUUCAAACCUGAUUCAUGGUGAAAACUUGCAACCAUCAGCAGGUUCUGUGGUUGGCAAUGUUGCAAGUUCUAAUAUUGAAAAUCCUACUGUUAGUACUGGUGCCAAAGAUAGUUACUGCAAUGAGAGUGGAAACUGCAAAAGGGAAUUUGGAGUCCCAGAGAUGGUACCACUGAAUUGUGGUGGUCUUCUGAAGUCGUGCACUGAUAAGAUUGUAACUAAAGAGACAUUGCAGAAGAUUAAUCUUGCUUCAAACAUUGAGGUUUCAAACACUGUCACAUUGGAUGAUUCAAUCGAUAAAGCAGUGAAGAAAGCUCCUGGUGAAGCAUCUAAGAAUGUUCAUGCGAUUAGGUCUCCAAAUAAGCCACAUUGUGACAGUAAUAAGAUUGGAGAUGUUUCCUACCACAGUAGUAGGGGUAAGUCAUUGAAUGAGAAAGGUGAUGAUAAUAGCCAAAAAACCAUUUCCAGAUCACCUUCGAGCAUGCCAAAUGGAUCACUGGAGACUGAAGAUCCUGAAUAUGCACCCUGUAGAAAAUCAAAGAAGAAGCAUCUGAAGCGUAAGCCUAAAAAUAUGCCUCUUGGCUUAAAAUCAAAAUUUUUCAUGGCUUCUCUACUCAUGCAUGGCAAGAAGAAACGUAAAAGGAGCAAGGAAAAGGAUUGUUGUUCAUUAGACCUGGGGCCGUCUACAUGUGAGAAAUUCAGCACAAUCACAUUAGGUUCGGUUCAUGGGAGGAAAAGGACAGCUGAUGAUACUACUCAGAAAAAUGGUGACAAUAGUGCCAGUUCCUUGAUGAAUACCGUAGAUGUAGCAUCUAAAGAGAGGAUUUGUGAGAAUGGUACUGUUCUUGCUACUGAUCAACAUGUAGGCAGCAGUUCUGGCUCAGUCUCAGAAGCAAACCGGCAUAACUCAAGAGAAACUGAUUCUUUGAAACAUCACAAAACAGGUGCAUCUCCUCAUAGGCAUGUGCUUACCCAAUGUCUAGGGGAGGCAGUUGUUCCUAGAUGGGAUGAUAUAGGCUUAACCUCACCCAUGCAGACUGCAGAAUCAAAUGGUAUGGAUGAUCUUGAAAUUGGAUAUGUACCGGAUGAAUGGGAUGAGGAGUAUGACCGUGGUAAGAGGAAGAAGAUAAGACAAAAUAAGCAUCAGUUUGGUGGUCCAAAUCCUUUCCAACAAGUUGCCACCAAGAAAACACAGUUAAAGAAGGACAAAUGGGACCGUUCUAGCUCUGGAAACCGACCAUUCAGGAUAUGAAGGACUAAAACCAUAUCAAAAUUGGAACAAUUUUUGACCUGUCUGUAUGCUGUUAUUUAAUAUUAUAUAUUGUAAUUGUUGCUGUCUUGUUAGCAGGAGCUAAAUUGUAUCAUGUAAAUCUGGAGAGUGUUGAGAGUGGAGAACAAAGAAAGAACAUUCAAACAAUUAAGCUUUUAUGUUUUCCUUUUUUGGAAUUUCUUCAGUAGGGAUAAAGAAACAUGCCAUUUUUAUUGAA